CAACGUUUUGAUCCUCUUACAUCCUUAGAAGGGUCCCCAGGUUAUACAUGACUCAGACACAUUGAGUUUAAAGGUGAAAGAAAUAAGAUUUGAUGGACAUAGACACUCAGUCGAGGAUUUCUCCGUAUAAAAUGAUUAUUGGAGGGGCGGGAUGUGUUACAUCUCGCGGGACAUCUCUGGGGUGUGUCAACAAUUAGUGUAGAUGUUUUAAAACACUGUUAUUUUGGUUUGAGGGUAACAAAUCGUCGAAGAUUAACAUUGGAAUUUGUGAAAAAAGAUGGCGCUGAGAACGCCAUGGAACGCUGAAAUAAAUGUUUUUAUUUGGAAACCACCGGGUCCAUAGAGACGGUUUAGGUGUGACGUCACAACGUGAAGGUGUAGUCACGGUGGUUGAAACUUACUUAUGAAUGUAUUAUUACAUGCUCCAUACACUAUUUCUCUUGAUAUUUAACAUCAAAACUCUGCUCGUGGUUGAUGCAUUUCAUAAGAGUGACAAGAGCGAUUUGUUAAGUAACCGAAUAGGACUGCAUGUGCGCGUGCUGCACCUCCCCCUCGCGCUGCGAUGUACAACUCAUAGAAUAAAGAGGUGAUAAAUUGAAGAAGGACUGGUAUCAGGAAAACGCCCGAUGCCAGUUCUAUAUUUUACACUAUAUUUCACACUAGUCUGAAUGUUAGAUGUACUCUGUGUAGACUGUAAUAAAGCUUCCUGACUGAUUCUUAAUGUACACACAUGUAAAUACAUGCACAUAUUCAUAUUUAGAAUAAACAACUGAUAGACUCUAUCUUCUUUCAUAUUUACACCGCCAAAUCUUUCAUUUUCUCAUGAAUUAUGAAAAGAAAAUGGUGUUGCAAUAUCAGACCAGGUCAGGGGUCAAUUUAAUAAUAUGACUGUCUGUUUGAUUCGGUUUGAUACCAGCAGCAUGUGUAAGCCCUCCUUCAGUUUUCAACACUGAACCAAAUGCAAACAGUUUUAUUAUCCUGCGUUUUCUUUUGUUAGUGUAUUAUUUAUUGCAUGACAUCUACUUUGAAUCCACUUUUAAUGCAAUAUGUGAUGUGAGAAAUGACCACAAUGUGCAUCGGUGAUCUGAGGGUUGUGUUGCUGUUUAUUUACCCUCAGAUGGCCCGACGGUGCAGCUACACCAGCGUCCAGAUCCCGGACCCUAACCGGCCCGGGAUCCUGCGGACCAUCCUCAGGAUCAGAGGACCGGCCUCCCUGAUCGGCACCUCACCUGGGCCGUCUCCUCCCUCCUCUGGUACCUUCUCCUUUCCCUCUUCUUCAAGCUCCUCCUCUAAUUCUUCUGGCUCCUCUUCUAGUUCUUCUAGUUCCUCCUCUAAUUCUUCUGGCUCCUCUUCUCGUUCUUCUAGCUCCUCUUCUAAUUCUUCUGGCUCCUCUUCUAGUUCUUCUAGUUCCUCCUCUAAUUAUUCUUGCUCCUCUUCUAGUUCUUCUAGUUCCUCCUCUAAUUCUUCUGGCUCCUCUUCUAGUUCUCCUAGUUCCUCCUCUAAUUCUUCUGGCUCCUCUUCUAGUUCUUCUAGCUCCUCUAAUUCUUCUGGCUCCUCUUCUAGUUCUCCUAGCUCCUCCUCUAAUUCUUCUGGCUCCUCUUCUAGUUCUUCUAGCUCCUCUAAUUCUUCUGGCUCCUCUUCUAGUUCUCCUAGCUCCUCCUCUAAUUCUUCUGGCUCCUCUUCUAGCUCCGCUAAUUCUUCUGGCUCCUCUUCUAGUUCUUCUAGCUCCUCCUCUAAUUCUUCUGGCUCCUCUUCUUGUUCUUCUAGCGCCUCCUCUAAUUCUUCUGGCUCCUCUUCUAGUUCUUCUAGCUCCUCCUCUAGUUCUUCUUCUCGCUCCUCCUCUAAAUCUUUCCGUAGCAUCCCCUCAAUUUCCACCCAUGGACAAGGUAAGUCUUUAAAGGUAAGUCCCCAUGAACCAUUAUCUAAAAGGAGCUGUGCUAGAGUGGAGUGCGUAUACCAGUUAAACAGCCGGUGGUUUAAAAGAGCCACUAGUACUCCAGACAUUAAACCUUUGCCUAAGCCUCCUCAGGGACCCGGGGAACCAUCACAGGUAAGUCCCCCUAAGCCUCCUCAGGGACCCGGGGAAGCAUCGCAGGUAAGUCCCCCUAAGCCUUGUCAGGGACCCGAGGAACCAUCGCAGGUAAGUCCCCAUAAGCCUCCUCAGGGACCCGGGGAAGCAUCGCAGGUAAGUCCCCCUAAGCCUCCUCAGGGACCCGGGGAACCAUCGCAGGUAAGUCCCCCUAAGCCUCCUCAGGGACCCGGGGAACCAUCGCAGGUAAGUCCCCCUAAGCCUCCUCAGGGACCCGGGGAAGCAUCGCAGGUAAGUCCCCCUAAGCCUCGUCAGGGACCCGGGGAACCAUCGCAGGUAAGUCCUGGUGAGUAUCGGCCGUUAUGGGACCAGCCUGAGCCAGAUUGGGUGGUAGAUAUGAGGGUUUAUCUAGAGUGGAGAGACCAGUUUGACAGCUGGUGGUGCAAUAGACGCACUGAUGCUCCAGGUAAUAUUAGGAACUAUAAUCCAAAUAAGAAUGUUUAUUCGUUUGAAAAGAAUUUAUGUGAGUUUGAAAUUACUUACAUGGAGUAAAAUGAUUUACAUGUUUACAUUCAUUUUUAAGUUUCAUCAUGCUGUAUUUUUUGUAUUAAGUUGUAUUUAUUUGUAUGUUUUUAUUUGAUAGUAUUUCAGUAAUAAUACACUUUCAAUCCUGGAAGACAGCUCCAGAAACCUGCUCAACCUCCAGCUUGGUCCAGAUCCAGGCCCGACACUUCCAUCCUUCAGUCUUCAAGAAGUCUGCAGUCUUCCUGAUUUGCCAUCUCUGGUCCGUGCCGUUGACCUGAAACUCACCUCCACUUGGCUUAACAUCUACAAUCUUCCGCUCCUGGCCUGAGCCUUCACCCGACACCUCCAUCCUUCAGUCUUCAAGCAGUCUGCAGUCUUCCUGGAACGCCAUCUCUGGUCCGUGCCGUGGACCUGAAAGCCACCGCCAAGAGAUCGUCCCUUCUACGACCGUCGGUCAACCUGCUGGACUUCGCCUCACCACACUUCGGGCCCCCUGACACGCCCGUAUCUCUCGUGGGUCAAGGAUUCUGUGAAGGGCCCACUCCUGGAACCAGAAAGUCGUGGACUACUGGUGUUUUUCCGUUUUGUGGUUUUUGUUAUCUGACUCAACAAAAUAAACCUUUUUGUUUUACCCCAACUGAUCUGGUCUGCGUCUGGGUCCUGUCCGAGGUAACCGUGACAGUUAUGUUCCAGGAAGCUGUGGUGAAUGAGCUCAAAUGAGGUUUUUAUUAAGUAGAGCCUUAAUGUCUGCACUGGUGCCUUUGGACCAGAUAAUAU